AUGUUCUUCAAACUUUCCAAAUGGUCAAAAUCUGCAAAGCAAUUGUUCAACAGAAAUGACUUUGGCAAAGUUCAGAAUAAAGAUCAAAGAUCUGUUUAUCUUGGCGGCACUGUCAUCAAAAUUACGAAGUCCAAUGGCCAAUACACUGUCAACUGCCGCCAGGCAGCUGUUCGUGCUCUUGUUCAGGCCACACGCACAAGGCAUAAAUACAGAACUAAUUGGGGCCGUACUCACAAGACUCACAUACAAAAAUGGCGCGCACUUACAGCUGGUGAGAUCCAAAAGAUCUACAAGGAGUGCAACAAACAAAUCGCAGGCCGCAUCAAGGCUUAUAAGCGCAUUUAA